ACUUAAUAAGGAAACAAUAAAAAUGAUUUCAGUCUAAUUGAAUUUAAAAAACUGAAAAAAUGCAAGAAUAAAUUUUUCAUUGCAUUGCAGAGAGCGCGUUAGUUUAGAUUUUAGUCUGAACAGUAGGUUGUUGCCCAUAGCAACGAAUAAAAGCGUAUAAAUAACAUGAUCUUGAACGUUUCGAUUGCCACUUUUCUAUUCACAACAAUCAUUUAAAAGCGAUUAUCUUUCAUAGACUAAGGAUGAGCCACAGGGAUUCGCAGAACAAGUUUCUGUCACGGAAACUGUCAACUGCUACAGCCGAAGAUCUUAAAAAUGAAGCGUUCAGGCGUAAAAUUAUCGAAAGUAGCAUUGAAAUCAGAGAGCUAGAAUCCAAAUUGAAAAUGGCGUACAUACUGAAAGAGAGAAAGAAGCAACUGGAUGAGAAGGAAUCAUUGAGGGUGAUGGAGAAGCAAAACACAUUACAAGAAAGAGAAGAAAUGGAAAAGCAGCUCAAACUGGACCAUGAAUUAGAAAUUAGGAAGCUUCUGUAUGAGAAGUGGAAGAAGGAAAAGUAUUGCCAAGAGCUGGUGAAACAAGCCCAACAGUACAGGGCUGCCAAGCAGCUUGAGAUGAUGGAGGAGCGGCAAUUGGAUGACAUGUAUCUGCAAGAGAUCCUCAUGGCUGAACUGAGAAGAGAGCGACAGGAACGAGAAGAUCGAGAGCGAAAGAAGCGUCGCCUAGCAGAAGAAUUAGACCAUUGUAUCAGAUUGCAGAAUCAAUGGAAAGCCAUCCAGAAGUUUAUUGAAAUGGAGGAAGAUAGAUUAGUUGAAGAAUGCCAACUCCAACGACGUCGCUUGAGUCAAAUGCAGCAGCAAGAAAGGAAAGAGAAAGCCGAGAAACUUGCUGCUAUCCGCCAUCGGCUUCAAAAGGCUUUAGAAGUCGAGGAGCGCCGGCGUCGUGAAAGAGAAGAGUUAUGGAUCGAAUACGGUUGUGAAGAGAAGGAAGAACUGGAGAACAAAAAAGCUGAAGAAUUAGAGAAGAUGACUCAAGCCCAACGAAUCAAAUGGAAUGAAGAUAUGGCUGAACAAUUGCGCCAGCUCGAGCUUAAGAAGAAAGCGCAGAAAGAAGAAGAACUUAACGAACGUUUAUGGAUGCUGGAGCAAGCUGCGUUGGAGGAAAAGGCUGAACGAGAGGCCGCUGAACGAAGACACAAGGAUCUUACGCAAUGGCAGAAAGAACAGGCGGCCUUACUCGAAGAGCGACGUCAGCUGAAGAAAUUGGAAUUCGCCGAGAAGGAGGAAGAACGACGCAUGGAAGAAUUGCGUCAACAGGUCGAAGACGAAGCGAUCGCAGAGGAACGAAGAAGAAUCUUGGAGCAACACGCUCCGCUAUUGAUUGGUUUCUUGCCACCUGGUCUGUUCCGGAACAUGGCAGAAAUGAGUUCCCUACCUGAAAACAUCCAGGCCCAGUUCCGUCGGCACGUCCCGAUUCAAGACGAUCCAGAUUUAUGGUAAAAUGGCGAUUAUUCUGCUUGACAUUCCAGAAAAUACCAAUGGCUGUGUGACAGUUUAUACAUAAAGAAGUGAAAAUUA